CUUGGGCUAGCAGCAUCUCAGCACCAAAUGCACGAAUUGUUGGUAAACCAAGAACUGUCGCGUUAACAUGGCUAAAGACUGGGCUUCGGGCUGUGACAUAUUUUUGGGUGUGCUGUGCUCAAAGAUAUUGCAGUGCUCGUAUCAGAUCAGCAAUGCCUACAGCGACGUAUACCACUGCUCCCAACGAAGUUACUCCUCCGUUUCGAGGGAAGGAUAUUGAAAUUAUAGAAAUGAUUUCUAGCACGGAGAGUUUCGGAACAUAUCGUCCUAUGCCAUCUGGAAAUCAUCAAGAACAAUGUCCUUCAUCAAUUGAAGAAAUUAAAACGUUAUUAAAUUUGGCGCGUAUUCUGGAAGAACAAGAAAAACCAAAACCUGCCCCGUUUAACCCUGAAGAAUUGAUAAUGAAAUUGGUCAAUGCUUUGGUAGUGACUUCGACUCAAAAUAGAUGCCCUUCUGAUUAUGGUCAUGGCGGCAGAGGCACGACGGGAGGAUCUCAUGGUGCUUCAAGAGGUCAAAGAGAUGGCUUAGUGAAUCUGGACCUUCUCAAUCCGAAUAAUCCAAACAACGUGGCUCAGCUUGACCUUGGAAGGCAAACGGUUGCCGGAAUCGGUAUUGGAGAUAAUACAAAUGGGGUGGUCGGUGGUGCCCUUAAAGAUCUUGUAAACUAAUUUUAAUCAAAUAAAGUGGUUCUUUAAAUAAAAUAAGAUUUUUUUGUUUAAGUCAUACUGUAUCUGUGUGGACUAGCGAAGCUACUUUAAAAUUAUUUUUGGGGAAUUUAUUACCACAUAAUUCAAUUUAAGAAAUAAAUAAAUAUGAUAUCUUUAUA